AUGCCUCCAAUGUCCAGCGGGCACUCGAUGGCUGUUUCAAUUGAACGUACUACCCUCUAUAUGUGGGAUCCAUUCCAGGCAGGCUUCCAUUGGACCUACGGCAUUGAAUCCAACAUAUGGAACUUGUAUGGGAAUCAGCUCUACGGGACCAAGCAAAGCGGGAUCAAGAGUGGGGUCGACAUGAGUACAGGAAUCCUGUAUGUCCCUUCUGGAAAUAAGAAUGGGACGGAGAUGAUUAUUGUCACCCCUGGAAGUCUUUCACUUUCGACCCUGCCCAUGCCAACGGCGCUUAUGCCUGUGCCUGUUGUCCACGAGUCGUUCCUGUGGUCGACUUAUCGGAAUAGUUUUUUGCAUUAUGGUGGGAAGUCUAUAACGGGGAACACUGGGAACCCUUACCUCAAUGAGUACAUUCCCAGCAGCAGUAGGUGGGGAGCUCUGCCCUCUUUUUGGCAUCCAUUAGCAUACGGUGGAUCGAAAGUGAUUGUCUUUGGCGGUGCAGCACUGAAUGGGAUCGCAAAAUCCGACAUCCAUACCCUCGAUGUCCGGACUCUCGAAUGGACCACUGGAAAACCCGCCGACGCAAAUCAGGCUCGUCAACACAUGGCAUGCGCUGUUUCUGGCGACAGCUUCGUCGCCUGGGGAGGAGAGAGCGCCUCGGUGAUCAAGAAUACAACUCCAAUCGUCUACGAUAUGAAGAACGAUCAAUGGACGACUCAGUUCAACCGCUUCAUCAAUGUUGCAUCGACCACCACAGGACCCACUAACGUAAAUUCUCCACCAAGCUCAAGGCCCACCUCCCAGCCGGAUUCGCCAACAAAUAUUGCCGCCAUUGCUGGUGGAAUUGGUGGUGCUGUGGUAGCGGUGUUUGCAAUUGCUGGAUUCCUUUUGUACAGGCGUCGACGGAGGCGAAGGGCAAGAACGAGGGACGGCAGGCAUCAGGACAAGGGUGAGGAUGAGGAAGGCAUUAGCCUUGCCCAUCGCCAAAACCCGCCUUCAAACAACAAUGACGAUAUCGAGGCGGAGCGUUUCGCAGCAUCACCUCCACCACCACUGAACCCUCGUCCUGCUGAGGAUCAACACGCGGUAUCCCAUGCCAUGCCGAGAAACCCCCAGGGACAGCAAUAUACACCAUGA